AUGCAACCAAUGAUAAUUAUUCUUAAAGAAGGUACUGAUUCAUCACAAGGAAAAUCACAAAUAAUAUCAAAUAUAAGUGCAUGUCAAGCUGUUGCUGAAGCUAUACGUACAACAUUAGGUCCACGUGGCAUGGAUAAAUUAAUUGUUGAUAAUCGUGGUAAAGCAACAAUUUCAAAUGAUGGUGCAACAAUUCUUAAAUUACUUGAAAUUAUUCAUCCAGCAGCACGUACACUUGUUGAUAUAGCUAAAUCACAAGAUGCAGAAGUUGGUGAUGGUACAACAUCAGUUGUUUUAUUAACAGUUGAAAUAUUAAAAAAUACUAAAACAUUUAUUGAAGAUGGUAUGCAUCCAACAAUUAUUAUUCGGGCUAUACGUAAAGCAACAGCAUUAGCUACAAAAAAAGUUAAAGAAAUUGCUGUUUAUGUUAAAUCGGAUGAUGCCAAAGAACAUCGAGCUUUACUUGAAAAAUGUGCUCAAACAACAUUAAGUUCGAAACUGAUUGCACGACAAAGAGAAUUUUUUUCAAAAAUGGUUGUUGAUGCUGUACUUAUGUUAGAUGAAUUACUUCCAUUGAAUAUGAUUGGUAUUAAAAAAGUAACAGGUGGUUCACUUGAGGAGUCACGUAUUGUUGAUGGUGUUGCAUUUAAAAAAACAUUUUCUUAUGCUGGUUUUGAAAUGCAACAUAAAAAAUUUUUAAAACCAAAAAUAGCUUUACUUAAUAUUGAACUUGAACUUAAAGCUGAACGUGAUAAUGCUGAAAUUCGUCUUGAUAAUGUUGCUGAAUAUCAAAAAAUUGUUGAUGCUGAAUGGUCAAUUCUUUAUGAUAAACUUGAAAAACUUCAUACAGCUGGUGUUAAUGUUGUACUUUCUAAAUUACCAAUUGGUGAUGUUGCAACACAAUAUUUUGCUGAUCGUGACAUGUUUUGUGCUGGUCGUGUACAAGAAGAUGAUCUUAAACGUACACAAAAAGCAUGUGGUGGUGCAAUAAUAACAACAGUUGAAAAUCUUAAUGAACAAUCUCAACAAGUUAUGGGUACAUGUGAAAUAUUUGAAGAAAUUCAAAUUGGUUCGGAACGUUAUAAUUUUUUUACUGGUUGUCCAAAAGCUAAAACAGCUACAAUGAUUUUACGUGGUGGUGCUGAACAAUUUAUUGAUGAGGUUGAACGUUCAUUACAUGAUGCUAUUAUGAUUGUACGACGUGCUGUUAAAAAUGAUUCAAUUGUUGCUGGUGGUGGUGCAAUUGAAAUGGCAUUAAGUCGUACUUUACGUGAUUAUAGUCGAACUGUACCUGGUAAAGAACAAUUAAUUAUUGCUGCAUAUGCUAAAGCAUUUGAAGUUAUACCAAGACAAUUAUGUGAAAAUGCUGGAUUUGAUGCAACAAAUAUUUUAAAUAAACUUCGACAAAAACAUGCUGAAAAUCAUAUGUGGUUCGGUGUUGAUAUCAUGCAUGAAGAUGUUAGUGAUAAUUUUACUGCAGCUGUUUGGGAACCAGCUGUUGUUAAAAUUAAUGCAAUAACAGCAGCAAGUGAAGCAGCUUGUUUAAUUUUAAGUGUUGAUGAAACAAUAAAAGUACCAAAAUCAUCGGCUGAACCAUCGAAUGCUGCCAAAGCAAUGAAUAUGGCCUAA